AUGCCACCCAACACGAAACUGCUACAACGACUCUUGGCCAAGUUUAAUCCCUUUUCCCCCUUGUCUCUCCGUUCACCACCACCCACCAUGCCAUCCAACACGAAACUGCUACAACGACUCUUGGGCAAGUGUUACGACAUGAAGACGAACAUGCUGGACAUGCAGACCAAGGUUGGUCGCCUGGACCUUACCGUGGCCGCCAUGAAAACGGACAUGGCUGACAUGAAGACCAAGGUUGAUCGCCUGGAGCAUAACAUGGCCGACAUGAAGACCGACAUGGCUGACAUGAAGACCAAGGUUGAUCGCCUGGACCUUAAGGUUGAUCGCUUGGAACUUCGCGUGGGCAUGUUGAUGGAGGCCCACGUGCGCAAAGUGGUUGCCCAAGAGCGAGGCGAGGAAUGGACGCGCCACUACAACACGUAUGCCCUCGACGGCAUUACCAACCUGCUGAUUGCCCCAAACGCAUCGGAAAACGUUUCCUUCCACGUGAACGACAUGACCAACAAGUUGGUGCUCGCUGCUUUGAAGGGCGCAGACGGCGGCUUGCCUGGACUGCUGCAGUGCAUCGCCGAGGAUUACCAACUCGCUGACCCGCCUGCCUUUGCCGCCACCGUGGACUUUUUCGAGCAAGCCCUCGCCUUUGUGACGGCGGCGUUGCAGGCGGAAGCCACCCGCCAGCACGGCCAGGACGCGACGAAGCGCGGCAUUCUCAUCGAGCUGCAACGGCUUUUGGAAGCCAACAAGGACAUUGUGCAGACAGGCAGCGAAGACCUGACGCCACUCUUCAAGAUCAUCCGGACGAACUCGGGGCUGGCGUUGAGCCUCUUCUUUGCGAUGCCUCCGCUUUUGGCAGUGCGCAAGAACUUGCCCAAGUACAAGAAGCGCUGGGCUUGGCGCUCCCUGGAGUUUGACAUGCGCGGCAAAUUCACCGCACCGUCGGCCCACCAGGCGGCCCGCAUCGAGUUUGGCGAGGUCAAGUCCUCCGCCGCCAACCAAGGCGCCGGUCUUGAGCAGCUCGCUUUUCGGAGCCACGUACUUCGCCAUGCUUACAGCAUCAUGGCUCCCAACAAUGUGCUGGAAUGCGCCCCGGUGCUCUACAUUGAGUGCGCCAGCGUCGAGGAGGACACCGUCCUCAAGGAGAACGUGCCAGUUUGCAUCAUUCCCCUCCGAGGUCCUUUUGAGAGAGACGCUGAUGCCAACGACGACGCCUUGCACGCGGCGGCGCCUGCGGUUGCGGUGGCUUGA